AUGAGCUCGGCCGUGUUCUUCCACCGCGAGAUGAAGCUGUUCUUCGAUCAUUACGUGAAGGUCGGUGAAGACUCGAUGCUUGCCGACAUCCACGGGGAGGAUCAGGCGGCGUAUCGCGAGCGAAUCGUCCGAUACAUCGAUAGCGUCUUCUCAGAGGAUCUGGACCAGGAAAGUUUUUGCGCCGUGCAAGCGGAGCGAUCUGUGACGGGCGGUAUUGGUUCCCUGCUGGACAACGCCGCGCAGUUCUCGGCCGCGUUUAUCGAGGAGGCCAACUUCUGUGCCGGCGCGACGCAGGAGGGCGGAAGGGGACCUCUGCCGGUUCAAGGCGCCAUGGAGAUCCGGAGGACACACAGCAUGGUCAAUCGAUGGAACGAGGCUAUUGCUGUCGGGCUCCGGCACAACCAUGAUAUUUCCUUCAUUGCGACGCAGCGCAAGACAAUGGCCCUCAUCUAUUAUGUCACGAACUACGCGACCAAGGUGGAGGACCCGGUGUGGAAGCGUGUGGCGGCCGCGGCCGAGCUCCUGGCCGCCUCAACAGGGAACAGGACGCGACAGUUCCUGAUGAGAGUGGCGAACCGCGUGUUCACGGAGCGUCCGCUAUCACAGGUCGAGGUCGUCGCUCACCUUCUCGGAUAUCCGGCCGAGUUCACCGACAGCAGCGCGUGGGCGUACCUGAACUGUUCUCUGCUGUACUGGGAAGUCUUUCGGCGAUGGCGGCAUCUCCGAGAAGCCAGUGGCGCUGCGGCUACGGAUGACACCUUGGAUGAGUCGGUGCUCAGGCGGCCGGGCAAGCACGCUACCGCCUGCCUCGACGGCUACCUGAGCAAGGACUUCACCUACGAUGACGAGUCGUGCUACCGGAGGGCAGCCGUGCAGCAUCUUGCGCUGUUCGUGCCGUGGAGUCCUUCCUGGGCGAAGGAACAGCUGCUUCGACGAUCCGCCGAAGACGCAAAACGCGACGCCAAGCAAUGGGCAGCCUCGUCCGGCGAUGGCGACCCGACGGUCGCACACGUCGAGGAGGGUGGAGCAGGCGAGGCGGGCGCGGAGUCUGCAGCGACAUAUCAGCCCAACAGCAUCGGAGACGCAACGCGGCUCAUCGACGUCGUCCGAGGUGCAGUGGGAGCGAAUCAGGUGACGGCCAAGUCGCCGGAGCUCAUGGCAAUGAUACAGCAGCUCUGGCGGGUAUUUGCCGGGGCCGCGCUUCCGCCGCAGGAUCAGGUCAAGGCUAUCAAGUCGCAGCAGCGUUGCGAAGGUGAUGACCGGUUUCGGGAGGACGAGGUCGAAAUGACGAUGGCCGACUCCGACGAGACCGCUAUCGACGCAGGGGCGGGAAUGGACUCCAUCGCUUUUCUGAUAAUAUGCCGCCAGCUCGAUUUUAUGCAGCAGACCGACGGGGCGAUGCCUGCCAGCUGCGCCAGUUCGUCGGCGGAGCGGUUCAUCCACGGCCAGUCUCGAAUGGAUUGGCAGGAGAAGGAUGUGCUCGUCAUCGACGAGGUGAGCAUGCUCGGGGCGCGGACGCUGCACGCCGUGAACGAGCGGCUUCGCCGGCUUCGCGGAUCGCGGCAAGAUUUCGGGGGGAUCCCCAUCGUCCUCUUCUGCGGAGAUUUUCAGCAGUUCCGGCCGGUCCAAGAGGACAACUCGUUCAAGGCCGAGCAGCGUCACCAGCACGACAAAGCGCACGCACUGUGGAAGAGGUUCACGACGGUCGUCAUGCUGGACGAGCAGAUGCGCGCCGCCGGCGACCCGGAGCUGCAGAGGCUGCUGAAGCGGAUCCGUCUAGGCGUGCAGGAUCGGACGGAUCUAAACCUCCUCAACUCAAGGAAUCGGUGGAACCUGAACAUGGAGGCGAGCCUGGCGUUCCGGGUCCAGCAGCGGUCGACGAUGCGCAUUUUCAUCUCCGAGCACAAGUGGAAGGAGGAGCUGCCGACGGAGGAAGAGGCGAUCAUGAUACUCAACCAGGGCGACGAUAGCGCGAUCCCGGUGCCGGCCGUCUUCAUGUUCGUGGCCGGGAUGCCCAUCGUCAUUGUCGACAAGGCGUACCCGGGGCAUCGGAUCUCGGCCGAUAUGACGAUCCACUUCGGGCCGCCGGCGGGAUCAUUCUCGAAUCGGAGACGACGAGAUAUCUCCACUUCUGCCAGCGAAAAAGGCCGUGGCAACGCAACGACGUCAGCCGAAAGGUGCGACCCGUACGGCCUGUACGUGCAGCUAUCGCGCUGCCGAACUCUAGACGGCAUCAUGCUCGUGUCCAAGGUGCGGGACAGAGACUUGGUGGGCAACCGGGUCCCCGAGGAGAUGACUGCCGCACAGGCCAGGCUCGAGGUACUGAGCGAGAGGACCGUUGAGGAGGCGUUGCGCUGGCUGGACGGUGAUGCUGAAGAGUCAAGGCGGCCGCGCUAG